GCUGGUCCUAUGUAUAUGUAUGCAAAUAUCAAAAAUGCAAUAUAGAAGUGAAGCUUGGAGUAUCCAGUAAUCCAGUAAAUAUUUACCAAACAAAACUCAUGACCUAAAUAAAUAAAAGUCAGGAUUGUUUCGAGUAAUAUGCAUGGAAUAGACUAAGAUUCCACACACAUAGGGGCGGUUCAGCACCCCCAGAGGCGUGUCUUCACCACUCCCACCAUCGCGUAAUUUCUGUUUUCAGCAGGUGCUUCGAGUUCUUGGAUCUUCUGGCACAUCAUAUUUCCUGUUAUCACCGGUUUCAGGCGAACCCUUAAAGGGAUUUUACCAGUCGAUUAAUAAUUUUAAUAAACUGCCGGAGCGAAUUUUUACCUUUCGAUACGCGCUCCAGAAAUGAUUUGGUGAUUUAGUUUCGAUGAGACAUGAGCCAAGAUCAGGAGGUGUCCGCUUCGUUUGGAGAGUUUGGAAGAUUGGGUUGUCUAUUCGGCACUCCGUUUAGUUCGUGUUACCAGCAGCACCAAGAUCAUUACAAAUCCUCACAACAAACACAUGCAUCCUCGUUCCCAACGGAUUGGAGAGAGUCCUGGCAUCAAGAAGGGAGCAGUUGCGGAACAGACGACAGCGAACCGUACAACAUGGAAGCCGAGUACAUCCAUCAGAGCGGCCUAAACGGUUUGAAAGCUGAGGGUAGGCCUCUGGAGCAUCCACAAACCGCCAAAAUCCACGGAUACAGCCCUUCCUCAUACGCGACAAGUACAAAUUUCGACGGUAUCUACGGCAGCAGCUACCAGCACGCCGGAUGCUUCUACUCAAAUACGUUGUACAAUAAAAUUUCCAAUAUUUCCAGCAGGGCGGAGCACUCCGGUACGACCAACUUGACCGGAACGUCGCUAGUUGAAAAUCACCUCCCCAUCAAACAGGAGCCUGCAGAUAAAGAUUAUAAAGAAUAUACCGAGAAACUUUCUCCAGACAAAUUCAAAGACACGCCGGACCCCAAAUGCAGCGGAGUGGUAAAUUCGACGGGCAGAAGGGGCUCGUUGCAGUUGUGGCAAUUCCUGGUGGCCCUGCUGGACGCUCCGGACGCGAGUGCCGGCUGCAUAGCUUGGACCGGCAGAGGAAUGGAGUUCAAAUUGAUCGAACCCGAAGAGGUGGCGAGGCGUUGGGGCGCACAGAAGAAUCGACCAGCUAUGAAUUACGACAAGUUAAGCAGGUCGCUGAGAUACUAUUACGAGAAAGGCAUAAUGCAAAAAGUAGCAGGUGAAAGGUAUGUGUACAAAUUCGUGUGUGAUCCAGAGGCGCUGUUCAACAUGGCGUAUGGAGGGCAUACGGAAAAUAACAUAAAAUUCCGCCCGGAGACUCCGAGCAUAAAGUCGGAGCCGCAACAUCAUCUCGCUUACACGGAUAUGCUCAAUUUUUACAACUGCGGCAUCGCCCAUUCUUAUCAGCACUUGCAUCCUUAUUUGCAGGAUUCCAAGCACACGCGCUUCGCAUAAGCGACCGGUUGUUACAAAUCAAAUAGGCGGAUCAGAAAAAAGAAGUUUAAUCUAAUUUAAUAUAACGUAACUUUGUGAAUAUAGUGUUGUAUACUUAUGAAGAUAAUGUAAAGUAUUAAAAUUUCAAUCUAAUCGUU